GGCCAGGAGAAUGGCGACUAUAAUUCCCCCGCAAGUCCCCCUUUGCCCUCUGGGGGGCAGGAGGAAUUCCCGUGGAUCGCAUCACUCCCCGCCACAACAUGAAGAUCCCGACCAUCCUGUCGUUCGGCGCCCUGGCGGCAGCCUCGAGCAUUGACGUGUGCGAGAAACUUCACAAACAUUACCCCGAGUACACUGUGUGGGACCCCUUGAGCCCGCAAGGCCCCGAAUCCGCCCUCAAUGCCUCCAUGUACCGGACUGCGCGCUCCGAGUAUUGGAAUGGAGUCAAUGCGAGAAACCGUCCGGCGUGUAUCUUCUUCCCGUCCAACGCCGAGCAGGUUUCCGACGCCGUCAAGCACCUGAACGAGCAUCCCAACGCCGAAUUCGCUCUCAAGUCCGGUGGCCACAACUUCAAUGCGGGCAUUUCAAGCACGGCAGGAGGGGUCCUGAUCUCUUUCAACGAGAACCUCUCCUCGGCGACCCUGUCCUCCGAUGGCAAGAGCUUCGAGGUGGGUCCCGGUGCCAGAUGGGGCGAUGUCUAUGAGGCGGGGGCCAAGGACAACAAGAUCGCCGUUGGAGGCCGACUCUCCAACAUUGGCGUUGGCGGCUUCAUUCUGGGAGGGGGUCUCUCUUACUUGUCAGCUCAAUAUGGAUUGGCCUGUGACAACGUGAUCGACUUCGAGGUGGUCCUCGGAAAUGGCACAGUCACCCACGCGAACAGCAAGACCAACCCAGACCUCUGGUGGGCACUGAAAGGAGGCGGCAAUCGCUUCGCCAUCGUGACCAAGUUCACCUUGAAAGCGCACCCCGCCGGUGUGGACGGCAAAGUCUGGGGUGGUAUCCGGUUCUAUUCUCGCAACGACCGACAGGCCGUCUUCGAGGCCGUGUCGGAGUUCGUCCGGGACUACCCAGACCCCAAGUCCGCCGUCAUUCCGACCUUCGACUUUGGUCUACCGGGAGCAGCCGUGUCCAACCCGGCUCUGUUCUUCUUCUACGAUGGACCGACGCCGCCUGCGGGUGCGUUUGGAAGCUUGGACAAGAUCAAGCCGUUGCUGAACACCACGGACACCACGACCUAUCCCGAGCUGGCCGACCAAACGGGUGGAGGCAAGAUCUAUGGCAUUAACGCGGCAGCCAGAGUGAACGCAUUUCCCAACCUGGACCCCAAAAAGACCAGCGAGCUUUUCGAGGAUCACUGGAAACUAUACCAGGACCAGAUCAAGAACGACUCGAGCCGGAACAUUGACAUCCAGAUCGGCACGUUCACCCCCCAACCCGUAUCCGUCCUGAUUGCCAAAGCUUCGCAGGCCAACGGGGGUAACGCCAUGGGACUGCACCCCGACCACGGGGACCGCAUCUGGGUAGAGAAUGACCUGAUCUGGGUGAACCCCGUAUGCAACAACGCGUGCCCGACAUAUCUGAAGAAUAUGGGAGACGGUGCCAAUUCCAAGUUCGACGAGAAGUUCAAGGGACAGAAGCCCACCAACUACAAGUCCGGCGAUGUGGAGUUCAUCUCGUAAGAACCCUCCCCCCUUCUCCUUAGUUGUCUAUCCGUGGAAAUACUGACGUGGAUAUAUCAGGCAAAACCCGCUGUUCAUGAACGAUGCCGCUGAUUAUCAGGACGUGUACUCGAGUUAUGGAGAGGAGAAUAAGGCGAAGCUGCAGAAGGUUGCCAAGGCUUAUGAUCCGAAGGGUUUCAUGAAGAAACAGGGUGGUUGGGACCUGUAGUCGGACGGUGUAUGCAUCCGUGUGGUCCGGCCGUCAGGGUCAGGAGUAUGUCCGAGUGUGGCCAUGUCCACUGAGAGUCAAUAUAGUAUGAGGUCAAUAGACAGUCAAAAGUAGUCAGCUCGGUCCCUUGGUUGUAAACUCCACAGGAAAAUCCCCAGUCAUCCAGCGCUCUUUAUUCCUUUGUGUUCGCUGUAAGAUGAAUAGCACGGACUUGUGACGGCUAUCUGAGUACCCUACCCAUAGAUAUGAAUGAAUCUUUCCAUGGCAAUUUGCUUAAGUAGGAAUUACUCCAGGUAAACGAGGGAAACCCCUUGAUUGAUGCAGUGACAUGACG